AUGUCGUCGUCCGCCUCGACUACUGCAGGCCCAUCCACGAGCGUCGAAGCGGACACUACAAAAAAAGUCGCAAAGCGUCGCAACUCGACCAGCAAAUCCUCCAAGUCUCGCGAGCCUACACGCCAAGAGUCUUUUGGCGGUGCUGUCAUUCGGGCACUUUUUGGCACGCUCGCCUUCCUCUUCAAACGCCCGGUCCGUUUAUUUCGUCCCGUCAAGUUAUCAUCAUGGACCAUCCUGGAAGCGAUGGCCAAGCGAGAAGGUCACACGCUCAGCCUGCGAUAUCUGCGCACGCUCCUGCGGCGAGAGAACUCGAACUUUCUGCCGCAUCUGCUGCUCCCCCCACUUCUCUUCAACACGGCCAUCGGAUUCACGCUGUUCGAAGCGUACAGCAUCACCGAGAGUCGGCUUCUGGCGAAAUCGCAGCGCAAGCAGCUUGAACGAUCUGGACGCACAGAGGAUGAGGCGAGCAGCGAUGAGGAUCUGGAAGAAAGAAAACCUAAGUGGACGCCGCUGUGGAUCGUGACGGCUUCCGGUGCCGUGGCCGGCGCCGCUCAAUGUUUCCUCUCAGCACCGCUCGACAAUGUGCGCUAUGUCAUCCAGCGCAACGUCAAUGGGCCUGAUCGGCAUCAUCGCGGAGCCGCACAUCACCCGAUCAACACCAUCUCUUGGCGAGCCAUUCUACGUGCAGCCAUCCUCCCCUUCGCCCCCGCACUGGCCCGCGAUAAACUCGUCAGAGACGUGCAAGACGAGGCCAUCGAACGCUCCAAACGCACUCCCAAACCUACCCUUCGUGCUCGCCUCGUUGCCUUGAUUGAGCCGGCCACUACGUCCCUCCGGAAUGCGAGGAAUAGCAACGCGAGUGUAGGAGAGCGACUCACGAUGUCGCCCGAAAAGAGACAGGAGUGGGAGAAACGACUCAAGCGGUGGCGCGGUGGUGUGCAUGGAUCUGGACUGGCGCUGUCCUUGAUCCGAGACAGCGUCGGCUUUGGCAGCUUUUUCUUCAUCUUUGAAGUGUCUAGGCGGUGUGCGUUCUUCGCAUCGACCUCGGUGGAUCGCGUCAGUGCCUGGUUCAAUGGACGCGGAUUGGGCAUCGUUCGGCCCGGUGGAAGAGGCAGUCCACAGCAGGAAGCAGAUGGGUCCAACGUUGUCGGAAGGCGAAAGAGCGACGAUGGGCUGCACAGCGGAGGAGAUGUGCAUAUCGAGGAUGCAGGGCAGGUGGGGCAAUGGAUCCGACAAGGCCAGGGAUCCGUACCGGACGCCGAUGUCAGCUACAACCAGUCUCGCACCGUGCAAGGACGCGUCGUUGCGGUCAUACUACUGCUCGUCGGAGGCGCGGUCGGCGCAUUCUCGUACGAGCUUGUCGGCCGACCCUUCGAGCUAAUGCGUGUCGUCAUCUGGGAAGGCCGAAAGCAGUGGGAGCAGGGGAAGCGCGAACCUGGCUACCGCCCGCCCUCGACGCGCGCUGCUGCAUCUGCAAGGUCGCACACCAGUCAAGGCGACUCGGGCACCGGUUUUGGUACGUUAGGAAGAUCAUAUAUCAAGGGUGCAAGGGCUAAUGCAGCUGCUAGGGCGUUGGAGCUCGGGCCGAGAGCUUUCCGCCGCCGACCGGACUUUCUCGUUUUGCGCGCCGAGAACUCGUCGGGUACAAAGAUGUCGAGGAUCUUUGAGCGAGCUAUGAUCCCUCGCUCACCGCAUCCUCUGCGUCGUGCUGUUGACUUGAACAAGUGGCCGGCUCAGGGAGUGAACGGAACAGCUACACCGAUGCUCACCAGCUCUCGUGCGCUGCUAGAACGGAAAGCAAGCAGAUCGGGUUUAUCAGAACAACAAAGACCCGUACGCCAGACACCGAGGGUUAGAGCAUCAUCGAAACGCCCUGCACCUUCACUCGCAACACGACCUGGCUUCCUGACACUGCUCAUCGAGCACGCACAGUCGACGGCAAAACUCGACCGCCUCCAUUCUGGCGGACUCGACCCAUCUCAAACGUCGAUUCCUCUGCUUUUGCUGCACACCUACUUCGUCGCACCGUUCCUGCCCGAGAUCCCCAAGGAGGUGUUGGACAACAAGGUCGUUCGAACAGCCGCUGGAGUUGACAAGCAUCUUCGACCCUCCUCCUCCUCCUCCUCCUCCACCUCUAACGCAGCGACAAGCAUCGCGGAUAAAGUAAGCACCGUGGCGCAGAGGACGCUGCUGCUGUCCCUCGCCUCGCGCAGGAGAGCCGCCGAUUCACCGGAAGCCAAACUGAAGCGGACUUGGAUCAAGAACAACCCGGUGAAUUUCAGCCUUGCUUCGUCUUCGGGGCCGGUUGGUGGGGCAGGAAGAGUGCAGGCAGCGGGGUUGAGGAGGGUAGGCGCAGGAAAGGGAGUGUUGCGGAAGGAGGGAACGAGGGCAUGGGCGAGCGGGAGAGCGGUUUGGGCGUUGAAGAGGUUGGCUACGCCGUAUGGCGUUGCCUUUUUGGUGUUUGCCUGGCUGGGUGGCGAUCUCAAUUAG